UUUGUCGUCUCUCCUUCUUCUGUCGUGGUCUCCGCCGGACGACGAUGGCACUAGCUCGGCCAAUACCAGCAGCAGCAGGUCUUCUCCACCAUCGAAGUCUUCUCUCUUCGAUUUUUGGAAUGUCGUUGUGGGAUCACAAAACUCAUAUCAUGGAUGCAUUGGUGGGCCUAAUCGUAUCACUGUUUGCGUUUGAAGGAAAACCGCCUUCAUCGUAUUGCCUCGUGGCUCUUCCUCUCGUGAUUAGUAGUAUCUCAUUGUACCAGAAAUAUCCAUACCUGGACAAGAAGAAGAAGAAGGUCUAACACUCGUGUUCCUUGGCGAUCAAGGCGUUGGUAAAACAAGCAUCAUCACUUCGUGUGCGGUAACUUCAACAACAGUUAUCAGGUUCCUAAUCUCUCCAUCUACAUUGAUCGAUUAAAACACGACAUACAUGAUAUUGAUACAUACGCAACUGUUGGGUCAAUAUAUAGCUAGGUGGUUUGACCU